UCCCUGUGCUAGGUCAAUGUUCAUGGCUCUGACUCUCUCUGCUCUUUCUCUAGUUGUGUGGGUCCACGUAAGUGAACUGUUAAUAAGUUAGAAAUGGAUGCUUCUGAUGGAAACCACCUGGCGGGGCAAAGCAAGCUUCACAUUAUUUCUCAGCUACAAAACCCUCCUGUGGGGAAGAUAGGAAAUUCUGGCAGAUCACAACUUUAGGUGUAAAUUUUCAGUGAGAAUUGGUAAAAAACAUUUAAACCCUGACCUUCUUAGCAAACACUCCAGAGCUUGAGUUGAAAUGAAUCCCCCAGCACUUCUCUCACACCAGAGGCACCACUAGAAGAGGCAGAAAGGCAAACUUCAAAAGAAACUGUAAAGCCAGAGGAUGUCCUGUAUCUCAUUUCAACCUGAUCGAGGGUCCCAGGCUCGGAGUGGUGAAGGGGGCAGAAUUGAGCAGGUGGUGUGGAGGAGGGGAGAACAGCAAAUACUAUAUGCUACUCUGAGAGUCCCUCAUAAACCAGACACCAGCAUUCUACCUUCAGCCCCUCCUCCUGGUCUCAGGCCUCAGGAUCAUGUAUGGCGUGUGGCCUCAGUUUCCCUGGGGAUUGCUCUGGUCAUGCUGCUGGUCUCCACUCUGUGUUUGUACCUGAAAACCAGUGAGGGAAGUAACUGUGAGAAUGACUGGGUCCCAAAGGUUUCCUGUGAAGAUGAUCUUGGCAACGAGAGCUCAGCAAGACUUGCAGCCCUGAAGAAGGAACUAUGCAUUGGCCAACAGGGUGCCAUGUGUGAGCUCUGCCCCCCAGGGUGGUGGCUGAACAGCAGCAGGUGCUACUUCUUCUCAGGAGAGCGGCGGAGCUGGGAGGCCAGUGCCAAAGAUUGUGCUGACAGAAAAUCCCGGCUGCUGGUUCUGGAGGAUGAGGCUGAAGCUGUUGAAGUCCCUAGGAUGGGGCCAAGAGAUGAGUACUUCUGGAUCGGGUACAAGUAUAACAUGACCCAGAGAACGUGGACGUGGCUGGAUAAUGCUGGAUUUUCUGGAUACAGGCUCCAUCCGGAUAUUCACUUUAGGCCUGAAAUAACACCAGGACUUUCCCCAACAAUCUCCCUCAAUGAAAGAUGGAAAGAUUCUGGGGUCAAACUGGCACAGAACCAGAAAACUUCUGGAGUGGUAACAUCUUGGGGGAUGACUCAUCCAGCUUCAACAGCUAGGUAUAGAAGGUUUCCCAUGAGGAAUAGUGACUAACAGAACCCUCAGCUUCUGCACCAGAUCCCAGUGUAAAACUCACGAAGCUCCUUGAAAUGAGCAACUGUGUCAAACUCUUGUCUUUUACUUCUAUUUUCUAUUCCCAGGCUCUUAGUUUCAUGCUCUGAAUGCAGUUGGUGCUCAAUAAACACUAUUGAUGAGGAUAAUGAUGAUGAUGAUACCCAUUGCUGUGACCACUACCAUGUUGGCCUGCUACCAUGUUGGCCUGCCCCAGUUCCUCUCCUUAUUUACCAUGACAGCUAAAUAGGAUAAUCUGCAGGGAUCCUGCGCCACAUUUGCCAGCUCUCUGAUUUAGGGCAAGUCACUUAACUUCUCUCAGCCUCAAUUUUCUCAAGUCUAUGAUGGGAAUUUAAUACUUCCUCUCCCUUCCCAAUAGACAGGAACCCCAUCUGGGACAGGAUCUGCAUCAGAUCUGCUUAUGUUGUAUCUUCCUUAGUGCUCUAGUACAGUACUUGACACAUAAUAAGCACUUAGCAAAUAUGACAAAAAAGGGAUUAUUCUGGGGAAAUCUAAUUUUCUAUGCUGUUCUUAGCCGCUGCAGGCUGCUCUCCUGCCCUGUUGCUGCUUGUUGUUGUCUGGGUGGGACUCUGUUAGAAGGCGUUUUCUUUGUGGUGAGGCAUUUUUUUCUGCUCAAACAGUGCCCAUGGUAAAGGAAGUGAUAAUCUAAUUUGGGGUCAUUCCAGCAUAAGGCCUUUGUGCUCUCUUCCUUCAGCACAGACCUUAGACUUAGAAUAGAUAUGUUGCUCCCCAAACUUGAUCGGUGCCUUUUCUAAUCAGGCAAUUAAGCUUGGCAUUUGUAAUUUUAAAUCUCAGUGUCUUUAAAUCCAAUUCUGUGAUUCUCCUUUUGAAUCCUUCUGUCAGCAUUCUUUCUAACUGUAAUAUUGAUUGACUGUAGACUCUAAACCUGUUCUGUUCUGUUCUGUUAUACUCUCCCAAGUGCUAGUAUAGUGCUCUGAACAUAGUAAGCACUCAAUAAAUAUAAUUGAUUGAUUGAACAUUGAUUUUGGUCACUAUUGUCAUGGGAACCUAUAGGUCACUAUUGACCUAAUCUUUUGGCCACAUUGUUGUUGAGAAGCAGUAUGACCUAAUUGGAAGAGCACAGGACUGGGUGUCA